AUGAGAGCGAUCGGCGCAGCUUGUAGCGAAACAGGAAUCGAAAGAGGAGGGAGAGACGCACCGAGUCGGAGGAAAAGGCACCGAGCAGGAGCCGCUUCGUGUUGUGCGUUUCAUCCAAACGCAUAAAUGCGGAGCAGCGCCUGGUCCCGACUCGUCUCCCUGGGUCCGGACCGUGUUCUCUGAAGAAAACUUCUGUUAUGGAACAAGAGGUCUGCAAUGAUGAUCAGCCAGUAGUUUUCAGAGAAGAGAACAAGAGGAGGAGAAGAAAGAUGAAGGCGUUUACCUCCAGCGUCUUUAAAAUGACAGACCUUAUAACUGUUGAAUUCGUCUUGCCCACAUCUCCCAAAACUGGGAAAGGAUUUGACUCUCUGCAGUUGGACGUGGCUGGGAACUGCACAGUGGAGCAGGUUAAGGCCCAAGUAUGGGUGAAGGCUAUUGCCACCAAUUUGUGCCCGGAGUUCUACCAGAAGUACUCUCCCGAUCACUGCAUCCUGCUCUACCAGAAGAAAGGGAACUGGUAUGAGAUUUAUGAUAAGCACCAAGUAUUCCAAACGCUGGACUGCAUAUGCUACUGGAAGACACUGAAGAAGGAAGUGGGUAAAAUUCACUUGACCAUCAGACCACAACUCUCAGAGGAGUCCAUUCAAUACCAGAAGUAUCUAAAUUACCUGAUUGGAUACGAUGUCACAGACGUGAGCAAUGUGCACGAUGAUGAGUUAGAGUUCACUCGGAGGAAGUUGCUUACGCCUCGCAAAAAUGAGCUGCUGACUAGAGACCCCAAAAUUUACUCUAUGGAUCCAUGGAUAACGACAAAGCCUCUUCCAGAGUACCUGCUGAGUAAAAUCAGCAAGAACCACAUUCUCCUUGUGAUACAUAGAAACACCUCCAGUCACACUGUCAAGGUUUCCAUUGAUGACACACCAAACCAGGUUCUUCAGAGCUUCUUUACCAAGAUUGCAAAGAAGAGGGCUUUACUGGGCAUUCCAGAAGAAGUUAGUGAAUCCGAUUUUGUUUUGAGGGUAUGUGGAAGAGAGGAGUACAUCUAUGGGAACUAUGCCAUCAAAGAUUUUCACUGGAUUAGACAGUGUUUGAAAAAUGGAGAUGAGAUACACCUGGUCCUGGAAACAGCACCUGACCCAGAGCAGGAUGUGGUGCACAAGGAGGACUGGUCUCAAGUAGAUAUCUGUACUGGCUUGGCUGCCACCCAUGAACAGCUUACCAUCGACGAGAAGGACCAUGAGAAAGUCUUCACAAUUUCCCUCUGGGACUGCAACCGAAAGUUUCGUGUCAAGAUCUUGGGCAUCGACAUUCCCACCCUCCCACGCAAUUCUGAGCUCAUUGUCUUUGUGGAGGCAAGCAUCUUCCAUGGGCAGCAACUGCUGGCCCAGGAAAAGACAUGUCCUAAACCCUUCACCGAGGAAGUUCUCUGGAACACCUGGCUGGAGUUCAACAUUAAGAUCAAAGAUCUGCCCAAGGGAGCACGGCUCAGUCUGCAGGUGUCCUGCGGAAAAGCCCAAACUCAGACCCAGCCCUCUAAGACUGCAUACCCAGACAGCGCCAGUCACGAGAGCAAGAGCAAAAGUCGCCUACUCUACUACGUCAACCUCUUGCUGGUGGACCACCGCUCACUCCUACGGCAAGGCGAGUAUGUCCUCCAUAUGUGGAAGAUGCCGGAGAAGACUGAGGAUCUCGGCAGCAUUAAUGCCGACAAGCUAACGUCGGCCACCAACCCAGACAAAGGUAACUCCAUGGCCAUCGCUAUCAUGCUGGACAAAUACGGCUACCCCGUUGCGUUGCCCAUGAGCACGGAGCCAUCGGAGUCUUCGGAGGGGGAGGAUGAUGAAAGGGGCCACAGGGAGAUGCCCAGUCACCUGCGGAAACAGCUGGAGCAGAUAGUAGCAACUGACCCGCUGUACCCACUCAGCCCUGAGGACAAGGAGCUUCUUUGGCACUUCAGACAGGAGUGCCUGAGGAUUCCCAGGGCGUACCCAAAGUUCCUCAGCUCAGUGAAGUGGGGCAGCCAGGAGGCUGUAUUGAUCACACACCAGCUGCUGGCCAGAAGCUCCUCCUGGAACCAAAGUCCACUGGAUGUGGGUCUCGCCAUGCAGUUGCUUGACUGCCAUUUCUCCGAUGCCAUGGUGCGCUCCCUGGCUGUCAGGAAGCUGGAGAAGCUGUGCGAUGACGACGUCCUGCGGUACCUGCUGCAGCUUGUGCAGGCGGUGAAAUUUGAGCCGUACCACGACAGCGCCUUGGCCCAGUUCUUACUGAAGCGAGCUCUGAGAAGCAAGAGGAUCGGCCACUUCCUGUUCUGGUUCCUGCGGAGUGAGAUUGCCCAGUCCAUGCACUACCAGCAGCGCUAUGCCGUCAUCCUGGAGGCCUACCUGCGCGGCUGCGGGGACGCCAUGCUGCAGGACUUCAGGAAGCAGGUGGAGAUAACCGAGGCCCUGCAGAAGGUCACGCGCGAGAUCAAGGCCAUGUCUGUCGAGAAGUACGACGUCUCCGUGCAAGUUGUGUUCCAGCUGAGACAGAAGCUGGAGAACUUGCAGACGUCCGGGCUGCCGGAGAGCUUCAAGGUGCCCUAUGACCCAGGGCUGCGGGCUGGUGCCCUGGUGAUCGAGCAGUGCAAAGUGAUGGCCUCCAAGAAGAAGCCACUGUGGCUGCAGUUCCGGCGGGCCGACCCCACCACCCUGUCCAGCGACACCAUUGGCAUUAUCUUCAAGGACGGCGAUGACCUGCGCCAGGACAUGCUGAUCCUGCAGAUCCUGCUGAUCAUGGAAUCUAUAUGGGAAGCAGAGUCUUUGGACUUGUCCUUAUUACCCUAUGGCUGUAUUUCUACUGGAAAUAAAAUAGGGAUGAUUGAGAUAGUGAAGGAUGCCACCACCAUUGCCAAUAUCCAGCAAAGCACAGUGGGAAAUACAGGUGCCUUCAAAGAUGAAAUCCUGAACCAGUGGCUGCGAGAGAAUUGUCCUACGGAUGACAAGUUUGAGCAGGCUGUGGAGCGCUUUGUAUACUCCUGCGCCGGAUACUGCGUGGCCACAUUUGUCCUGGGUAUCGGAGACCGCCACAACGACAACAUCAUGAUCACGGAAUCUGGUAGCCUGUUCCACAUUGAUUUUGGACACAUUCUUGGAAAUUACAAGAGCUUCCUGGGAAUAAGCAAAGAGAGAGUGCCUUUCGUUCUAACACCAGACUUCCUCUACGUCAUGGGAACUACAGGGAAGAAAAGUAGUCCCCAUUUCCAGAAGUUUCAGGACGUGUGUGUGAAGGCCUACCUUGCCCUGCGGCACCACACCAACAUGCUAAUCAUCCUCUUCUCCAUGAUGCUGAUGACCGGGAUGCCCCAACUAACAAGCAAGGAGGACAUUGAGUACAUCCGUGAUGCGCUCACCGUGGGCCGCUCCGAGGAAGAGGCUCAGCGCCACUUUCUGGACCAGAUUGAGAUCUGCAGAGACAAAGGCUGGACCGUCCAGUUCAACUGGUUCCUGCACUUGGUGCUGGGCAUUAAGCAAGGGGGAGAAAAGAGGUCAGCCUAGUGCUGCUCACACACUCCACUCAAUGCAGGCUCUUACCAGCACAAGGCAGGUACUCUCAAAAAUGUACUUCUGACUAAUGAAGCAAAAAAUUAAAAAAAAAAAAAAAAAAAUAUAUAUAUAUAUA